ACGAGCUCUGGGCAUGUCCCGUUGCCAUAGCACCGCAGUAGGAAACCCACAACAGCAGGCGCACUGCAGCGAUGUCUGCCACGGGGGGGAAAGAGGGAGGAAAGCGGCGAUGCUCCCUGCUUCUGAGACCCUCCUCUCGUACCACCUCAGUCUCACACGGACGCCCACGCGGAGCUCACCAGCGUUCCAGACAAACCACGAGUGUGCUGGGCUGUCACAGCAGGCGGAGCCUCGGGGGCAGCAAAGUCCUGGAGAAGAACGUGGUUCAGACUCCCAGACAGGCUGUUCGGGUGUUUGAUGAAGUAAACAAUGAUGUCACUCCUCAGCCGCUGUACCAGGCUGAUCCAGGAGCAGUGCAGCCCAUGCUGUUUGUGGAUGAAAUGUCUGUGGGCUCAGCAUCAGACCAGCCAACAGCCACGGGCAGCUUCACUCUGCCUUUCUCCAGGUCAGUAUUUGGCAGCAGCAGAAUAUCCAGCCAGUCCACCACAGAGUCCGUGGAUGACGAGGACAUGUUUUCUAAACGUGACAUUCCCCUCAGUUUUCCAGAUGUGAAGGUAAAAAAGGACACGGAGAAAGAACAGGUGACAGAGGACAUGUUGAAGGACAUCACGGAGGUCUUUAUCUCUGAGACAGACACCUUUUCACUGCUGGACAUGCCCAGCACCUUUGUGUGUGUGGAUGCUGAUGAGGCAGAAGCUACCAUAGCAAGAAACCAUCAGUACGAGGAGGUCUGCAGAAACAGAGUGAGCAGGGACAAACAUGUGGAGCGAUCAGUGCAGACGCUGACCGGAACAACAAAAAACAAGCAUGUCCAGAGUAACGGGCUGAUGGUGGUGGAUGCAGCCACAAAUGUUACCGUCUGCGACAUGUAUGAGCCUUUAAGUGAGGCUGAGCAGGAGGAAACAGCAGGUAUCUGUAACCCAGUGAAGACUGACCACUCAGAGGGUGUGACGGACUCCAGCAGAGGUGCAGACAGGAGUGUGUCAGUGGGCAGCACAGCCACUACAGUCAGUGCCUGUGGUUCACUGAAAGAAGUGGAAGUAAAAGCUUUAAACGCUGAGACGCAGUGGAAGCUCAUCAUGCUGUCAGACAAGUUUCAGCUUUGCUUACAAACAGUGGAGAGAAGCAUCCUGCAAAACAGCUUCCACCCUCAGCUGGCUGCUUACAGACAGCUGCCUGUGCUGGGAGACCCAGAGUGUCCAGUGAAGAAUGAGAUGGUGGAGCAGAGGACGGGGGGCAUGGACGGUGGUCCGUCUCUGCAGUGUCUCUGGGUUUUCAGCUGUGAGCUCAGCAGAGGACGCAGCGUGAGCUGCAUGACCUGGAACAGAAAGAAUCCGGACCUCCUGGCUGUGGGUCAUGGCAAGUUUGACUCUGGGAACCAGAAACCAGGUCUGGUGAGCUGCUGGUCCAUCAAAAACCUCAAGUGGCCGGAGCACGUUAUCCACUGUGACAGCGCCGUGACCGCUCUGGAUUUCUCUGCUAACAGCCCCAGUCAGCUGGCUGUGGGCACACAUGACGGCAGCAUAACAAUCCACAGUGUGCACAGUCAGGACAACAGGUCACGUGGUGUCAGCAGCCGGGAGAGUCCCAACAGACACCUGGGGCCAGUGUGGCAGCUCAGGUGGACCCAACAACAAGUGAGCUCGACGGGGGAAGAGAAGGUGGAGGCCCUCCUCUCUGUGGGUGCAGAUGGCAGAAUUAGCAAGUGGUUUUUCUUCAAAGAUGGCCUCGACUGCAUAGACUUGAUGAAGCUAAGGCGGAUUCAAAAUACAGAGACACAGACUGGAGGGAAGAGGACCGAGAUGAUGACAGAAAGUGUCCUGACAGCACUGACUCCUGGGCUCUGCUUUGACUUUCAUCCCACAGACUCCAGUAUCUACCUGACUGGGACAUGGGAAGGUCUCAUCCACCAGUGCUCCUGCUCCAACAGUCAGCAGUUCCUUGAAACCUACAGGAAACACUUUUGUCCUGUAAACUGUGUUGCGUGGUCCCCUUUCAACCCUGAUGUGUUCCUGAGCUGCUCAUCUGAUUGGACCAUCCAGCUGUGGAAGCAGCACCACUUGAAGCCUGUGUUGGGUUUCACCUCCGCCCAGAAGGCUGUCUACGACAUCAAAUGGUCCCCAAAGUGGCCUACUGUAUUUGGAGCUGUCACCGAAGGGCAGCUAGAAAUCUGGGACCUGAGUUCGAGCAUUCUGGACCCCGUCAUUGUGCAGCCUGCAGCCCCUGGUGUGAGGAUGACGUCCUUGCUAUUUUCCUCUCAGGCUGACUGUGUUGUGGUAGGAGACACUGAUGGUCAUGUGACUGUCUACCAGCUGAAGAAUCUCAGUGUAGGAGAGCAGAGCCAGGUGGAUGUUCUGGAAGACCUCAUCUGCUCUGCAGCAUCUAGAUAACUUUAUGAAACAAACACAUGUAUGUCCAGUCAGCCUGAGGUUGGUGACAGAGUCAUCUGUAGAAAUCUACACAAAGAUAGCCACAGUCCUGUUUCCAUUGGCUGCUGCUUCAUGAGCAGCUGUAGAGGUAGACUAGGUUACAGAUAAGACAGAAGAAUCAACAGCUAGAAACAUGUUUGUAUGGCUGUUUAUAGGUGAGACACCUGACCAGUGUUGGUCAAGUUACUUGAAAAAAGUAAUCAGUAACUAAUUACUGAUUACUUAUUUUCAAAAGUAAUUAGUUACUUUACUGAUUACUUAUUUUCAAAAGUAUUUAGUUACUUAGUUACAUUUUAAAACAUGAUUUAUCCCCUAAAUAGGUGACAAAGCAAUAGAUCUUUUAGCCCAAUUCUACUUUUUCUGCAUAAUCGAUCAUAUAAAAUGUAAUCAACUGGAAAAGUCUCUUUAACUUUAUGCA